AUGGCAACGCCAAACGAAAAGUCCAUCGGCACCGUUCUGGUCGUCGGCGGCUGUGGGUUCGUUGGCGGCAACCUCGUUGACCAGCUGCUAAAUUUCCCGUCCGAGGACAACCUACCACCUGCUUCCAAGGAGCCCAAGCCGGUCGAGAAGUACUCACGCGAGUCUCUCAUCGUAACACCCUCCACGGCGUUCCCAACACUACGCUCCCGUUACCCGGCCUACUCUCGUGCUGGCACCCGCGUCCAUGCACUUGACCUCAAAUGCACUCGCAACCGACAUGAUAGAGCAAUAUAUCACGAAUGCGACAUCACCGAUGAGUCUGCCCUGACCGCCCUCUUCCAAGAAAUAAAACCCGACGUCGUGAUUAAUACGGCCUCCCCACAAUUCACCGCGCCCGACAAGAUCCUCAAGAAAGUCAACAUCGAAGGAACCAAGACCCUGCUCAAAGCCGCUCAAUCGACCGGCACUGUCAAGGCAUUCGUACACACGUCCUCCGCCUCCGUCGUACACGACUGCUACAGCGACCUUAUCAACGCGACCGAGCUCUACCCUUACGUCUACCCCAACCCGGCCGAGUACUACUCCGAGACCAAGGUCGUUGCAGAAAAGGCCGUGCUAGAAGCCAAUGGCACCAGUGGCAUGCUCACCUGCGCCAUACGACCCGCCGGCGUCGUCGGCGAGGGCGACAGGGGAGGUUUCGCCUACGCCAUCAUACUUACCGGAUCCAAGGCGCCUGCUUGGAAUUUGAACAUGCAGUUAGGUCACGGUGAGGGUUUGUUCGACAACACCUACGUUGGCAACUUAUGCUACGCCUUACUUUGCGCCACCGACGCUCUCUUAUCUACGCAUACACGGAAAGCAGAGGGCAAGUCCGAGAUCCUCGACUUUGAGCGUGUCGAUGGCGAAGCAUUCAACUGCACCAACGACGAGCCUGCGUAUUUCUGGGACACGUCCCGCUUCCUCUGGUCUCGUUAUGGCCGCAUCGAUGGCGUGCGGCCGGCGACCCAGGCCUGGGCGCUGCCGAGAGAGAUGGCGGUUUUUGCGGGAUUUGCAUCCGAAUGGGUGAAUUGGGCGUUGGGAAGGCCGAGUAAGUUGACUGCUCAGGGGGCGAGGUAUGCUUGCAUGCAUAGAUAUUAUUCUUGUGAGAAGCUGAAGAAGCGGACUGGGUACAAGCCGAUGGUGUCGGUGGAGGAGGGGCUGGAGAGGAGUGUGCGGGAGUUCAAGACGAUUGCGGAGGGGGAGUUGGGUAAGAAGGAGAAGUGA